AUGACCAGGGCAUCGUUGACUCUUGUCUGUUUUGCGCUCCUGCUUUCCUGCACUUGUCGGGCCAAGCCAAAUGGAUCAAAGAGCAAGAAACCAAAGCAAGUGGUUCCAGCCAUCGAAUGCGAUGUCAGAGCUGGAAAGAUUAAUCUCCCGGAAUUCAUAGUCAAAUGCCCUUCGCACUGCCGAGAGACCAAGCAGCAGGUCUAUGGCACAGGGGUGUUCGCGUCCAUCUCCAGCAUCUGUAACGCCGCCAUCCACAGUGGCGUCAUCACCAAUUCGGGAGGAAAGGUGAUUGUGAGGAAAAUGGCAGGCCAAAACAUUUACAAAGGCAGUAACUCCAAUGGCGUGCGCUCUCUGUCACUACCUAAAUGGAGAGAAUCCUUCGUGGUCACAGAAGGGAAGCCAAAGAAAGGCGUGAUCUACCCUUCUACCCUUGACUUUGUCCCUUCAAGACCAACUUAUGUGAAGACUAGUCAAAAGGACAAAGGCCCCGCGGUUACCACUGCUCUUCCAACAACAGCAGCACCUGAACCCACCACCAUGACAUCUGAACCUACCACUAUCGUCCCCACUACCCAGGCUCCCACGACCACAACAACGCCUCCACCUCCACCGCCCGCGACGACUCCCAAAGCCCGUGCUGUUAUGCAAAAAGUCCGAGAUGCAGGCAGCAGUCACCCAUACCUUGCCUCUGUAGCAGCUGCCAGUUCAAGACAAUCACAGACUGCUCAAGGCAAAAGCCCCAGCCAAGUAUUCCGUGGAAGUGCCUAUCCCAAUAGAUACCCACAGCGUUCCAGUGCAGGUCUUCGCAGACCAGAGGCUAUAAGGAGGCAGUCAUCCUCUCCAGUUGGACCAGCAGCUUUUAACAGAGGUCAGCAAACCCCCAAGGAGCGAACUCCAAUCAUGAGCCAAUCCAAUCCUGUUUAUCCCAGGAGGGACUGGGCCCCUCCGUCCUUCCCUCGUCCUGAGUGGUUUCCCGGAGCCAGACGAUCGUCAGAUGUUAUUUAUGCAGCUCCAGAUUCAGGAUAUACGUGGACUGAGACAGACACACCUGAGAUGAUAGCUCAGGAUCACAGGCCCGAUAUCUCAGACUUUGAGCGCUGGUAUUAUAACUUUGGAUCAUACCUGUCCCGAUCUGACUUGGAGGGCAACCGCCAAGCGCCGCUGGAUACAACCAAUACGAGAGUGGAGACGGUGGAUGAAUGGAGACCCAAUGCAAAUCCUUAUGAAUCAGGCUUCACUGUGAGGGAGCAGCCACCUGCACCAAGAGCACCUGAACCUGUGUCACAGGGCGACCCAGACUGUAAAGUGGACCUGGUUUUCUUGAUGGACGGGAGCUGGAGCAUCGGAAAGCGGCGUUUUAAGAUUCAGAAGGACUUCCUAGCUGAGGUGGCUCAGGUCAUCAACCUUGGCGUGGCUGGACCCAUGAUGGGCGUCAUACAAUACGGGGAUGACCCCGUCACAGAAAUCAGCCUAAAGAGCUACUCCAACUCCAGAGAUGUAAAGGCAAGCAUCGCUAAGAUUGCACAGAAGGGAGGCCUCUCCAAUGUUGGUAAGGCCCUUUCCUAUGUCAACAAGCAGUACUUCAGUGACGCCAACGGGAACCGCGGAGGAGCUCCCAACGUUGCUGUGGUGCUGGUGGACGGCUGGCCCACGGACAAGGUGGAGGAGGCGUCUCGGCUGGCAAGGGAAUCCGGCAUCAAUAUAUUCUUUGUCACCAUCGAGGGUGCCGACGACAAUGAGAAGCAAAACCUAGUGGAGGCCAAUUUUGUGGACAAGGCUGUGUGUCGCACAAACGGCUUCUUCUCCUUGCCCGUGUCCAGCUGGUUUGCUCUGAGAAAAACUGUGCAGCCGCUGGUCAAGCGAGUGUGCGACACAGACCGCUUGGUUUGCAGCAAAACCUGCCUCAACGCUAACGACAUCGCCUUCGUCAUCGACGGCUCUAGCAGCGUAGGCACGGGCAACUUCCGCACGGUGCUACAGUUUGUGGCCAACAUCACGCGAGAAUUUGAGAUCUCUGACACGGACACGCGAGUGGGCGCCGUGCAGUACACCUACGAGCAGAGGCUAGAGUUCGCCUUUGGCCAGCACAACACCAAGGCCGAGCUGCUCAACGCCAUCAAACGCAUCGACUACUGGAGCGGCGGCACCAGCACGGGAGCUGCCAUCACUUACGCCGCUGAGCAACUCUUCAGCAAGUCCAAGCCCAACAAACGCAAAAUUAUGAUCGUCAUCACUGAUGGACGCUCUUAUGACGACGUCAGAGCACCUGCGCUGGCUGUCCAUAGCCAAGGUGUGAUCGCCUACUCCGUCGGCAUCGCCUGGGCCGCCCAGGACGAGUUGGAGUAUAUUGCCACUGAUCCAGACAAGGAGCACUCCUUCUUUGUGGAUGAGUUUGAUAACCUGUACAAAUUUGUGUCUAAGAUCACACAAAACAUCUGCCAAGAGUUCAACUCCCAGCCCAGAAACUGA